GGCCCCGCGGCCGGAGCAGGGAGGGCCCGGCCCGGCCCGGCCCGGCCCCCCCGCAGCCAUGGCGGCCGGGCGGGAGCGGGCUGCCCGCCUCCUGCGCCAGCUCCAGCGGGCGGCGUGUCGGUGCCCGAGUCACAGCCACACAUAUUCCCGAGUUCCUGAACAUGCUACCCUGGGAAAUACAGACUAUGCAUUUGAGAUGGCUGUUUCUAACAUCCGAUAUGGAGAAGGAGUUACUAAAGAGAUUGGCAUGGACCUGAAGAAUCUGGGUGCUAAAAAAGUUUGUCUGAUGACAGAUAAAAACCUCUCCCAACUCCCUCCCGUAAAUGCAGUAUUGAAUUCCUUGGCAAAAUAUGGUAUAAACUUCCAGAUGUAUGAUGAAGUCCGGGUGGAGCCGACUGACCAGAGUUUCCUGGAUGCCAUUGAAUUUGCUAAAAAGGGAGAGUUUGAUGCCUACGUGGCCGUUGGAGGUGGGUCUGUCAUAGACACCUGUAAAGCUGCCAACCUGUACGCAUCCAGCCCCACAUCAGACUUCUUGGAUUAUGUCAACGCUCCCAUUGGGAAGGGGAAGCCUGUCACUGUGCCCCUUAAACCACACAUUGCAGUUCCUACAACAGCUGGAACUGGAAGUGAAACCACUGGUGUUGCCAUUUUUGACUUCAAAGAACUAAAAGUAAAAACUGGUAUUGCUUCCAGAGCCAUAAAGCCAACGCUGGGCAUCAUUGAUCCUUUACACACGCUGUCUAUGCCCGAGCGAAUAGUGGCCAACAGUGGCUUUGAUGUGCUUUGCCAUGCUCUCGAGUCAUACACCGCUCUUCCGUACAAGAUGCGCAGUCCCUGCCCUUCCAAUCCCAUCAACCGGCCAGCUUACCAAGGCAGCAACCCCAUCAGCGACAUCUGGGCUCUUCAUGCUCUGCGCAUUGUGGCUAAAUAUUUGAAAAGAGCCAUCAGAAACCCUGAAGACCGUGAAGCACGAGCCAACAUGCACCUAGCAAGUGCUUUUGCUGGUAUUGGCUUUGGCAAUGCUGGUGUUCAUCUCUGCCAUGGAAUGUCCUACCCUAUUUCUGGUUUGGUGAAAACUUACAAACCAAAGGAUUAUAACGUGGAUCACUCUUUAGUGCCACAUGGCCUGUCUGUGGUGCUGACAUCCCCAGCAGUGUUUGCUUUCACAGCACAGGUACAUCCUGAGCGGCACUUGGAAGCUGCAGAAAUACUAGGAGCUGACAUCCGCACUGCCAGAAUCAAAGACGCGGGGUUUAUUUUGGCAGACACGCUCCGGAAAUUCCUAUUUGAUCUGAAUGUUGAUGAUGGCUUAGCUGCAAUUGGGUAUUCUAAAGCAGACAUCCCUGCAUUAGUCAAAGGCACUCUGCCUCAGGAGAGAGUGACUAAACUGUCACCACGUCCCCAAACAGAAGAAGACUUAUCUGCCCUCUUUGAGGCUUCCAUGAAGCUUUAUUAGCGUAAACAUUUUGCUCAGAAAAGCGUGCCCUUUUUUAACACAAAGAUAUAUAUGAAGUAUUCGUAGGAGGAGCAAACCAGAGCAAAGCAUGGUUGCAUCCUCACCAGGAACCACCUAACAGCAAGACAUCAUCCAUCACGGUCAUUUUGUCUCCGUGGAGAAAACCGCUCCCUUUUCCUGCUGUGUUCUGUGGAAGGAAGCUAUCAGCUGCAUGUGUGAAGCGAGCACUUCUGCUGAAGUCCUGCAGGUGCUGUCGCUCGGAGCGCAGCCACCAGCCUAAUGCAGUGGCAGCAGGCUGUGGUUCAGUAUGAAAGUGUGGUGGUGGAGCAUAGGGCUCCACGGUGCCCCGCUGGUUAGACGUGGGAACGAGUGUGCACGUUCAGAGCAGUUAACCAGCUGGUGGACUGUCAACUGAGAAAGGGAAGUGGGAAAGGGAGAAAUGAAACUAAAAUUUUAAUACUAUUUUUCUUUGUUUUUUUAAAAAAAAGUGCACACAGUUGCAUGUGCAGUUCAUUUAAACCAGAUUCUGCUUCAUGUUGGACCCUUUCAGCACCAGAUUUAUGCAGUGAGCACAGCACAAGAAAAACGCAAGAAGAACCCCAUGACCUGCUGGGAAAGUAGUUCUGCAGUCACCCAGCCGAAGCAGAAGGCUCUAUACAUACACCUGUGUGCUUUGGGGUUGGUCUGAUAGGAUUAAUGCUAACCUGGAAUCUAAAAAGAUCUGUCUAAAAAGGCAGACAUGUCCUGGAUGAUGGCACUGGGUCUGGUUUAAUGUUCAAUUGAAGUAGGUGGAUGGAUACUGAUUGGAUACCAGAGAUUUUCUUAUUUACCAUAAAAUGGGUGUGGUGGCAAUAGGGACUGCACUGCCAAAAUGCCUCAGCCUGUUCUGGAAAACGCAUCUGUUUUCCGUGUCCUUCUGAAUCUUGUCCUGCGUUGAAAUAGCACAGAGCAACCUCUAUCAUGAAGAGUGCCUUCAUAAUAGCAGGGGGUGAGGGAUUCAUUUUAUUUUAUCAUGCAAAGUUGCCAUACUUGGAAAAAAAAAAAAAAAAAAACACAACCUUCUUGUCAAACCCUUUUGUGUACAAUAUCUUGCUCUGUUUCAGCUUUUUGCUCCUACCUUUCUCCAGGCUGUGGGAGCAAUCCUGAAGAGAGAUUUUUUUUUCUAGGAGCCUAAUUCAUGGCAGCAGUGCUGCGUUUGGAAAGUUCUGGGGAACUGAGCAGCACAUGGGUUUCAUUACUGCACCAGAGCACUUUGAUGGGCUACUUAGGAAUGCAGGAUAUUUCACUCCAGCACACUUUUUAUUUGCUGUUUAUGCUGCUGUGGCAGUUACUAACAGGCUGAGUUUUCAACCUCACACUAAACUUCAUGUACUCGGGCAACCCAGAGCUCUUGCUAAUUUCCAAGCUAAGCCUUACAACCCGUUCUGAGGUAAUAGGUUUUCUCCAUGUUUUGUGGAUGAGACAAAAGCUCUGAUACCAUACCUAACCCAGCAUAAGCACCCGGUACUGUAAGAAGGGGACGUUUCUUUUCCUGGCAGUUUUCUGAGCAAAAUCAAAGGAGUUUAGGCCACCCUGCAUAGCUGCCUUUCAAAUAAUGAUGGUUUGACAACGAGUCAUGUCCUGGCUCCUGUCCUAUUCUGAGCACUGGUAGUUUCAUUCACAACUGAAUGAGGGUUUGUGUGUGUGUGUGUAUUAUCUAACUAAACUAUCCUGUACUGAGAAAUCUAGUUGAUCAAAUAUACCUGGUAUCUUUGAACAUGUCUAUUUUGUGUACGUGAACCUGGUGUUUGAGGAGAGGAAGGGGGGUGAAAUUGUGGUGGUCGGGCACGUCUGAGCGACUUGUCCCACGCGUGACUUGUUACUGCCCUGUCACUAAAGGCCUCCGUGACACAUCUGUUACCACCUUGAGAUGAUACUGGAAUGCAAAUAAUAAAUAGUAUUGUACUUGCCAUAAA